UACCAGGUCCCAGAGGAAGAAAAGGUAUGGCGGGGAAAGCCGGAACACCAGGUACUCCUGGUAUAACUACGUGGAAAGUUAAUGGAACUAUCGUUAAUGCUUCUACGCUACUGAUUGCCCCAGCUAUUGUUGACAUCGAACCUGAAACAACUAUGAUAGUAGAUGAAGGUUAUGAGGUUCGUCUGGAGUGUUCUGCUACCGGUCAGCCACGUCCUCUGUACACGUGGCGUAGUGACGAAAAGAAACCAAUUCUAUUCAAGACUAGGAGUGAUGUAAAUAAAGCGAUAGAAUUCAAAAUUCGGCAACAAUCAUCAGUGAAUUCGAGUAUAUUACACUUCAAACAAGUCAGUCGAGAUCAUAUGGGGCAUUACAUAUGCAUAGCUAGUAAUGGCAUUCCUCCUCCUGCUUUCAAGAAAUUUAAAUUAGAAGUGGCUUUUCCACCACUGAUAAAGAUUCGAAACCAGAUGGUAGGCACAGUUAAUGGAAGUUAUGCUUUGCUGGAAUGUUUUGUAGAAGCUCACCCACCAGCAGUAAAUUUCUGGUUACAUGGAGAUAACAGAUUAGUAGAGCAAACCUGGAAGUACAAGAUUGAUCAAAGGGAUGACCAUUACCGAACGCACAUGGUACUGAACAUCAGCUAUAUCGAGCCUUUAGAUUAUGGUUUAUAUAAAUGUGUUUCCAAGAAUGAUAAAGGGAAAACUCUAGGUGUCUUCACCGUUUUCGAAAUCGAUCCUAACACUCCUACUAGAAAACCUCCUGUAGAAACCUUUGAAGUCUAUGGGCAGCCACCUCCACCUCCUAUAAUGGAAAUAGAUUGUGAACCAUGCGUAACAAGGUGUGAUCCAACGCCGUUCUGCCCAACUUCAGGAUCUUCCGAUUUGGCAACAGUACUAAGUGUUGCUGUUCCAAAUGCAUCUCUCUACGUACCUCCAGCACCUAGAAAAGAAAACUGCAAGAUCCAUCAGCUUGGUAAACCCGUAUUUCAGCGAUCAUCAAAAGAAGAAAUUGGUGCUUGGUUUCAAGAUCCUCUUCCUCCUGAAGGUAGCGAAAAUAAGUAUUAUGCAAUUAAUAGCUCGGAGCCUAUGUAUGUGUACGAAUAUGCGAACCGGGAAGACUUCCGUAACCACAACUACAGCAACCGCUAUGACCCGCCAUUUGGUUUUGUUGGUACUGGUCAUCUUGUUUACAACGGAUCUUUUUAUUAUCAGCAACCCAAAGCUUCAACAAUUCUCCGAUAUGAGAUGCCGAGGGCGCAACAUUCUGGAAAAGAUUAUGACGAUAUGGUGCACUCGGGUACCGCGUACUUAUAUUCGACCAAAUUGGGCUACAUAGAUUUAAUGGCUGACGAAAAUGGAAUGUGGGUAGUGUAUUCUGCUCGUGAAACGAAUAAUACAUUGGUGCGAAAAUUAGACCCUUACACUCUGAAUACUGAAUACAUUUGGAAUCUUACUUUUCCUCACCAAAACGUGGGUGAGAUGUUCAUUGCAUGCGGAGUUCUGUAUGGGGUAACAUCGGUGACAGAGCCUACUACUAAUAUCAAAUUUGCUUUCGAUUUGUACCAGAAUAAGGUUCUCGAAGCAAAUAUAGCCUUCUCGAACCCAUUCCGCAAUAACAGUAUGAUAGCCUACAAUCCUAGGUAUCGUAAGAUCUAUACUUGGGACAAAGGCAACCAACUGCUUUAUCCUAUCCUUUUUCGCACGAUCGAUCUUGGCCAACCUGAAGAGAAAGAUGAACCGAGAAAAAAGAAGUGACUGUUGUAUGUGAAUUUGUUUAAUAAACUUUUAUGUAUGAUUCUUUUUCUAAA